UUGGAAGCUGUUCAUAUUCAAUUUUAACUUUGUCUUUUAAGAUUCAAUAGACUUCUCUCUGUCUCACUUCUCAGUAUAAGCUAUGAAAUGGUCGUUGAUUUCGUUUAUUCUUGAUAAAACAGAUUGGGUUUACAACCCAUUUCUUUGUUAAAUCCAUUUCAUGGCUGCUGGUGUGAAGUUUGCCUUCUUCUUUUGUCUAGUUGUUUUGAUUCUUAGUUCUUCUCAUUCACUUUCGUCACAUAAUCUCCACCUUAUGAGGCAAGCUUCAAUCCUUGUUUCAGUUAAACAAAGUUUUGAAUCUUAUGAUCCUUCGCUCAAUUCCUGGGAUAUGAAAAACUACUUGCUUCUCUGUUCUUGGGCUGGCAUCCGUUGCGACGUAAUGAACAGAUCAGUAGUUUCUUUGGAUAUAUCCAAUUUCAACAUCUCUGGCUCUUUGUCACCUGUCAUCACUGACCUUCGUAGUCUUGUCAAUCUUUCUCUCCCUGGAAACAGCAUCUCUGGCGAGUUCCCUCGAGAUAUUCACAUGCUUUCGAGGCUUCAAUUCCUGAAUGUGUCUGAUAAUCAAUUUAGUGGGGAGCUGGACUGGGACUUCUCUCAGUUGAAAGGGCUUCAAGUUCUGGAUGUUUAUGACAACGACUUCAAUGCUUCAUUGCCACUAGGUGUCACUCAACUUACCAAGCUAAAGCACUUGGAUUUAGGUGGGAAUUACUUUACUGGGACUAUCCCUGCGAGCUAUGGGAGUAUGGUGCAGCUGAAUUAUCUGUCAGUGAAGGGAAAUGAUUUGCGUGGUUUUUUACCUGGCGAGCUUGGUAAUCUUACUAAUCUUGAGCGGCUCUACUUGGGCUAUUUCAAUGAAUUUGAUGGUGGAAUACCACCUGAGUUGGGUAAGUUAAUCAAUCUGAUUCACCUAGACCUUGCAAAUUGCAGCUUGGAGGGUCCAUUACCUCCAGAGUUGGGAAACCUUAACAAGUUAGACACUCUUUUCUUGCAAACAAAUGAACUCUCUGGUUCGAUACCCCGCGAGCUGGGAAAUUUGAGCAGCAUCAAAUCUAUGGAUCUUUCAAACAAUUUUCUAACAGGAGAUAUACCACCCGAGUUUUCUGGGCUUCAAGAACUCACUCUACUGAACCUAUUCCUAAACAAGCUACAUGGAGAGAUCCCAGGUUUCAUCGCGGAGCUACCAAAAUUGGAAGUCCUGAAGCUGUGGCGCAAUAAUUUGACAGGAGCUAUUCCUGAAAAGCUUGGAGAAAACGGCAGAUUAAUUGAACUCGACCUCUCAAGCAAUAAGCUCACUGGAUUGGUCCCCAGAUCACUCUGCUUAGGGAGGAAACUAAAGAUUCUCAUUUUGCGCAUCAACUUUCUAUUCGGACCUCUGCCUGAUGAUCUUGGCCAUUGCGACACGCUAACAAGAGUUAGAUUGGGGCAGAAUUAUCUGGCAGGAUCAAUUCCAAGUGGUUUUCUUUACUUGCCUGAGCUGUCACUCAUGGAGUUGCACAACAAUUAUCUCAGUGGACGAGUUCUAGAGCAAACCAGUAAGAUAUCCUCAAAACUUAAGCAGCUGAAUAUUUCAAAUAAUCGUUUAUCUGGGUCUCUUCCUGCAUCUAUAGGAAAUUACUCUAGCCUUCAGAUUCUUCUCCUGAAUGGAAACCAAUUUACGGGGGAAAUUCCACCUGAAAUAGGUCGAUUGAAAAAUGUCCUCACUUUGGAUAUGAGCAGAAACAACUUCUCAGGCAAUAUUCCCCCUGAGAUUGGGAAUUGUCAAAUGUUAACUUCUUUGGAUUUGAGCCAAAACCAACUCUCAGGCCCAAUCCCAGUUGAGAUCACUCAAAUUCACAUAUUGAACUAUUUCAAUAUCUCCUGGAACCACUUGAACCAGAGUCUUCCUAAGGAAAUUGGGUCCAUGAAAAGCCUAACCUCUGCGGAUUUCUCCCACAAUAACUUCUCUGGUUUUAUACCUGAAUUUGGACAGUAUCCAUUCUUCAACUCCUCAUCCUUUUCUGGUAAUCCUUACCUGUGUGGGUAUUAUUUGAUUCCUUGUAACAAUUCCUCCAUCUUUUCAUUGCAAUUCCAUGACCAAAACAAUUCCAGGGCACAGGUCCCUGGAAAAUUCAAGCUUCUAUUUGCUCUAGGACUAUUAGCAUGCUCGCUGGUAUUUGCUAUUUUGGCAGUUAUCAAGACUCGAAAAGUACGAACAAACUCGGAAAGCUGGAAGCUCACAGCAUUCCAAAAGCUGGAAUUUGGAUGCGAAGACAUACUAGAAUGUGUCAAGGAAAACAACAUUAUAGGUAGAGGUGGAGCUGGGAUUGUUUAUAGAGGGGUAAUGCCAAAUGGGGAACAAGUUGCAGUGAAGAAGUUGCUGGGAAUAAGCAAAGGGUGUUCUCAUGACAAUGGCCUCUCAGCAGAAAUACAAACAUUGGGCAGAAUCAGACACAGAAACAUUGUGAGGUUGCUGGGAUUCUGUUCCAAUAAAGAGACAAAUCUACUAAUCUAUGAGUGCAUGUCACAUGGAAGCUUAGGUGAAGUUCUGCAUGGGAAGAGAGGAGGGUAUCUCAGGUGGGAUACCAGGUUGAAAAUCGCCAUUGGAGCUGCAAAAGGACUAUGCUACUUGCAUCAUGAUUGUUCCCCUCUAAUUAUCCACAGAGAUGUUAAGUCCAAUAACAUUUUAAUUAACUCAGAUUUUGAAGCUCAUGUAGCUGAUUUCGGACUUGCCAAGUUCUUGCAAGACACUGGAACAUCGGAAUGCAUGUCUGCAAUUGCUGGCUCCUAUGGUUAUAUUGCUCCAGAGUAUGCAUACACCUUGAAAGUGGACGAGAAGAGCGAUGUGUACAGCUUUGGAGUGGUACUGCUUGAGUUAAUCACAGGAAGAAGGCCAGUUGGUGAUUUUGGAGAAGAAGGGCUAGACAUUGUUCAAUGGACUAAAAUACAAACCAACUCAAUCAAAGAAAUGGCGGUUAAGAUCUUGGAUCAGAGACUCACUGACGUUGCACUAAGUGAAGCAAUGCAGGUGUUCUUUGUAGCUAUGCUAUGUGUUCAGGAACAAAGUAUAGAGAGGCCAACCAUGAGAGAAGUUGUCCAAAUGCUUGCAGAGGCUAAACAACCCAAUGCACCCAACAUGCAGUAGGAGAAAGACUGGGAUCACUAUGCUCAAUUGCAGUAGUCGUGAAGCCACAUCAAUAUCUGUAAGACACGUUAUAAUAUAUAUAUAUAUAUAUAUAUAUAUAUAUAUAAAUAAUAUUAUAUAUAUAUAGUUUGUGUUUAUAUUGUACUAAAGCCGUUCGAAAAGCACAUUUGGUCGAUUAUUAUGC